CGUCUGUUUAAGAAAGAAAGAGAGAGAGAGAAACUUAGCUUUGUUCAUCCUGGCGGCGUCUUGGACCAAUCUCUCGUUUUAUUCGUCUUUUCCUGCCUCCCCUCUCAUCUCGUCCCUCCCCCCCUAGAGCAAGAGUCUCCCUGGUUGUGUUGUACGCGCGUGUUAUAAAGCGGAAAGCCCCGCCGUUUCCUUCAGAUCGGAGCGCUCCGACCGCUGCGCGCACCAGCUAUCAGACAAUCAGGACCUGAACCUGCCCACAGCUAUGACCCUCCUGCUCUCUCUAUCUGGAUUAACUCUCAAGUAACCGCUCUUUGCCGCCCCCACUCCCUCUAACACCAUCAGCCCGCGCAGCAGCAGCAGCAGCAGCAGCAGCAGCAGCUUCUUCACCGGCUCCUCUGUCCUGCGCCCAAAGCCUCCAACUCUCAGCUUUGUUCUGCGGUCAUGGGGUGCGUUGUGUCCUUUUUUCCUGGGCUGCUGAGGGGCUUGACCGUGCUGUGAGGCGGAUACAGGGUGGAUUUAUGGUCCGCAAAGCCGCAACUACCAGCCGAGGGAAAUUAGUGGAACUUUGAGCUCCGGGAGGAUGCAGGUGACGUGUUGGUGCGCCGUGUUCCUCCUGACGCCUGUACUUUGUCUGGUUAUGAAUGUCCAUGCCUCAAAGUCAGACGUUGUCAAGUCUGGAAGCCCCAAAUCCACACUAAAGCAUAUAUGGACAGAAAGCAGUAAAGAUAUGUCCAUCAGUAGGCUGCUGUCACAGACUCUACAUGGUAAAGAGAAUAGCACAGCCUUGGACCUUCGCUAUGACACUCCAGAGCCAUACUCUGAGCAGGAUCUGUGGGACUGGCUGAGGAACUCCACAGACUUGCAGGACUCGCGGCCGCGGGCUAAACGGCGGCCAAUGGUCAAGACAGGAAAGUUCAAGAAGAUGUUUGGCUGGGGAGACUUCCACUCUAACAUCAAGACAGUCAAGCUCAACCUGCUGAUCACCGGUAAGAUUGUGGAUCACGGCAAUGGCACCUUCAGUGUCUACUUCCGCCACAACUCCACAGGCCAGGGGAACGUGUCCGUGAGUUUGGUCCCUCCAACCAAGAUAGUAGAGUUCGAUGUGGCAGCACAGCAGUCUGUCAUUGAUGCCAAGGACUCAAAAUCCUUCAACUGCCGCAUAGAGUAUGAGAAGGUGGAGAAGGGUGCCAAGAACACGCUUUGCAACUUCGACCCAUCCAAGACCUGCUACCAGGAGCAGACCCAGAGCCAUGUCUCCUGGCUCUGCUCCAAACCUUUCAAAGUCAUCUGCAUCUUCAUUUCCUUCUACAGCACCGACUACAAACUGGUGCAGAAGGUGUGCCCAGACUACAACUACCACAGUGACACUCCCUAUUUCCCUUCUGGCUGAUGUUCCCUACACUCACAUAUGGAAAAUUGGACGAGUGGAGCACAGACUGGGGCUUCUACCCAUACCAGAGAAAAGUGUAUGUUAAACGUACUGUCCCUAAACAUGUCCAUUCCAGAGUGUCAGCCAUUUCAACUUUUUGUCCAAUUUGAUGUUCUGAAUAUUGCAGAGAGAGCAGUUUCUUUUAACUGUUAAAAAGUUGGUGUAUAGGAUAGUGAUAUGCUUAAAAAUGACAUGAAAAACUCUGUGAUUACUAAGAUUUUAUCAUGUAGAAUUUUGUUCCUGAGUUAUGUUUUGUCCCUGCUCAAAAUUGUGGAGAUAGCAGGGGCUUAUUUGUCCUUUUGGGAUUGUUGUCACUAUUAAACUCUACCCUUUGUUGUUUGCAUAAUGUUUAGUUCACACUUUUCAAAAUAGGUGUUAAUUUUGUUUUCCUCUUUUAGCAUAUCUCAUAGUCAAUGCUUUAACUCUCUGGACUAGAAUAUGGACUGUUUGCCCCUGCUGUGCUAUUUAUGCUCUGCAGUUUGUCCUGCAUAACUGAAAAACAAAAUUAACUCCUCAUUUAAAAGAAUAAAACAAUAAAAUCCUCAGAUGUUUUUACAAAACUUAAAAGGCAGCUGAAGAGGACAGUGAACAUUCAAAUGUGGGUUUGAUGCUUUUAGAAGUCUAAGGUUGGUACCUAUCUAUGUAGGGGUAGGCUGGAAAUGAAUAGGCUUCUCCUUCAGGUGAUUUUCAGUUAGGGGAGAAAGUGUGUUGACACAGUCAGGUACCGUGACACUGUCUAUCUUCAGCUGGAGUCAAAGUGUUCCUGCUAGUGCAGCUAGAUGUUGAGUUUGUGGGGUGAUCGGUUCAUUCUGAUUCUGAUUGAAUGACUGGUCACCUGACUGACUGAUCAGUGGGUUGUUCGUGGGGAAUGGGGCUUGCUCAUUGUCACUUAAUAUAUCAAAUGUAAUGUAUUGAAUUCUAUAUCUUAGAGCCUAAUUUGUAUGAAUGGUUUGUAUUGUACAUAGUUUAUCCAAACUGCGCUGCUUCUGUACAUUCCCCCCAUGAGCUGUGUGUUUUGACCCUACUCCCAAAAAAUCCUUUUGUUCACUCCAUUUAUGCUUGUUGUUGGUUCCUCUAAAAAAGAAAACAAUGUUGCUGCCCUAGAUGUGAAUUUCAUGAAAACAGCAAUCCUGUACAGAAGCUGUAAAACUGACUAAAUAUAUUAAAGUAUUAAUUGAAAGUUUCUUUAUUGGGGGGAAGCCAGGGGUUGGAGAUGUACAUAUGAAUUAAAGAAUACAGUAAAUUUUAUCAAUUGAAUGUUGGUUUUUGUGCGUUCUUUCUGUGAGUCUUGCUCUAAUAAUGAGUCAGCGAUGAUUU